UCAGAGCCGCUGCUGUCGCAGACAGUACAGAGAGUUUGUGCAGUGUAUUAGCUGGGCUAGCUAGAUCACCGAUUGUACCGAAUCAGGAGCAUUUAUAUACAUGUACGUGGCAUUAUCUGUCCAUACUCGGUUUUAAGAAACAUCUAUUGGAAACAGCGUGUGAUACAGCUUUGAUAUAUCUGGGAUUUUGUAUGAUUGCUAAAGUAUAAUCUUUUUCUUACAAGUCCUUAUGAAGAUGCGCCUUAUCCAAAACAUGUCUACCAUUGCGGAGUACCCUGCCACCGAAAGCCCCUCUGGAAGGGUGAUUAAAAUAGCCGUUAUCGGUGGGAGCGGAGUUGGGAAAACAGCUCUGGUGGUGAGAUUUUUAACCAGGCGCUUCAUCGGCGAUUACGAGAGGAACGCAGGUACUUUAUACUCUAGACAAAUUCAGAUUGAUGGAGAACAAGUCGCAAUUCAGGUCCAAGAUACACCAGGUGACCAGGUCAAUGGACACAAUCUGAACAGUAACGAACAGGUGAAGAGAUCCAUUCAGUGGGCUGAUGCCGUGGUGCUGGUCUACUCCAUCACAGACUGUAAAAGCUUUGAAAUAAUAAGCCACCUCCAUCAGCAAGUCCGCCACACACAUGCAGACAACAGAGUUCCCAUCAUCAUUGUGGCAAACAAGGUAGACCUCCUGCAUGUCAAGGAGGUGGAGCCACACCAUGGACAGAAGCUCGCCAACAUGCUGGGCUGCACUUUCUACGAGGUGUCUGCCAGCGAGAACUAUAAUGAUGUUUACAACGCCUUCCACGUGCUGUGCAAAGAAAUCAGCAAGCAGCAGGCUCCCGUUAACACAGAAAAGAGGAGGUCUUCCCUCAUUCCCAGGCCAAAAUCCCCCAACAUGCAAGACCUCAAGAGGCGGUUCAAGCAGGCUUUGUCUGCCAAAGUGAGGACUGUGACUUCAGUUUGAAGAGACACACAAAAGGCAUUCCGUGUGGCCAAAAAAGAAAAAUGCAGCGAAACUUGAGUUCCAUCUUUGAUAUGUAAAGUACAGGCGCUGCAUCAAAGACAAAGGAGAAUAAGUUGCAUACUCCAAAGAGGAGGGGCUGUAAAGUCUUAGGUGAUGAAUUGGAGGAGCUGUUCAGAGCUUUCGAUUCCACAUUAUGACAAGGUGAUGGAGCAAGUGACUCUUGACCUCGGUGGGAAUAAUGUCCUGUGGAAAUCAGGCACAAAUGCUUGCUUCUUUGAGUUAUACUUGUCACAGUAAUAUCUGUUGUGACGUCUGUGUAAUGGAGAGAAUAGGAAUCCAAUGAGGGAGGGGAAAAUACCAGCCCUUACAGGUUUUAAAUGAUGGGCUUUAAACUGAUAAAACGUCUGGGGUUAAGUAUAAACUGUUACCAUUCAGCUAGAGUAUAAACCACUUCUGUUUGUUUCUAUCGCAACAGUGGUUCAAAGUUUGAGGACAAAUCUAAUAUUCCUAGAUAUCUGUUUGUUAAACUGCAUUGUAAUAAAGUGAACACAAUUGAAACUGAUGUUCGAGUAGUUUUGUAGAGAUGGAGGCGAAUGAGUCACAGUUUUGUGUUUCUUUUCACUCUCUCCCUGGCAUGAUUAAAGCUCUUUUGUGUGUGGAGCCUGUGCUGAUUUCAUGUACUGUAACCAGUAGAAUGUCUGUGUUAAAUCAAACAAUUAAAUCUCUGUUAAAUGUCAAGGGAUGACUGCAUUCGUCUGGGUUUUCACAUCAGUGCUCAAAUGUUUGAUAUUAAAAUCAGUUAUAUGGAGUAAAGAAUACAUACAGAUGCCAGGCUCAAAAGCCAUUUAAAUGCAGUUUAUGAAGCCUCUGGUGCUUUGCUUUAUGGCUGUAAUUCAUGUUUACAGAGAAUUCCUCCAGAGGAAAAGAUGCUUUUCAGUUCUGUUUCAAAAUAAAAUUUUGAACCAA